ACCGAUCGUCUUGAGAUCCUCAGAAACAACGAACGUUUCUGUGAUGUAAUAGUCGAAGUAAAGGGUAAAGAGUUCAAAGCUCACAAAGCUGUUCUAGCUGCAGCAAGCCCGUUUUUUCUUACACUUCUAGAAAGUAACAUGAGAGAAAGCAGCGAACACUUGAUAAAGAUAGAACUUGAGGACGCAACUGCGUCUAUCGUGGAAGACGUUUUAAAGUACAUUUACACUGGAAAUGUUUCAGUCACUGAGGAAAGUGCUCACAAUCUGAUUGCAACGGCCGAUUACCUUUUUUUACCAGGCUUAAAAUCGUUGGCUUGUGAUUUCUUAAAAGGGAUCUUGGCAACAGAGAACUGUGUUUUUAAUUAUUACUUUGCUGAAAGAUAUCAGUGCGUGAAUCUAAAGGAGGAAUGCCGAGAGCUCAUAAAAUCAAAUUUCAGUGCAGUUCUGGAAACAGAUGAUUUCCUAAACCUUGAUGCAAAGCAAGUGUUGGAGUGGGUGUCUAGUGAUGACAUCACCGUCAGCGCGGAGGAAGAAGUUUUCAGGGGAAUCGUGAAGUGGGUACAUCAAAGCAAAAGUGAAAGAGAAAAAGAAUUUUCAGAUUUGUUGCAACACGUCCGUCUUAGUUCUUUGGACCACAAUUUUCUGUUCAAUAAACUUGUGAAGGAAGAACUAAUAACAACUAACAAAGACUGUCUGAACUUUGUGUUAAGUUCCUUGGAGCCAAUUUUCAACCCUACACUUCAAAGAAGCAUCAGACCAAGGGUAUGUCUACAAACACAGACAAAUGGAAUUUUUGUUUUUGGUGGAAAAAAAGCCUUGUGUUAUCUUCCCCAUGAAAAUAUUUGGUAUCAGUUACCGAACAUGUUUAUGGAACAUCAGAACCAUGCUGCCAUGCAGUACAGAGAUAAAGUUUACAUCUUUAGUAACAAAAAUGGUUCAGAUUUUUACAUACCUUCAACCAACACUUGGGGUGCAAUUAAAACUCAGUAUCCAUGGUAUGUUGACAAAUUUUGUAACCUAUUUAUGUUAAAUGAAGAUAUUACUUUGUAUGCCUUAAUAGAGGGCUACAUUUCUUGCGCUAAAAUUUUACUGUAUGAUCCUGCAAAAAGUGAAUGGAAAGAAGUGAUUGGAUCUUUUAAAGUUCAACGCUAUGGACUCUGUGGUGUGACAGAUGGUUAUCGCAUUUAUGCAAUAGGGGGAUCUGAUAGUUGCUAUAGGAAAUCUGGAACAACUAAAGUUCUGAAGAUUGAUAUAGAGAAAGGCAGCUGUGAAGAGGUUGCACCCAUGAAUAUGGGAAGGUAUGAUGCUUUUGGAACAGCCAUGAAUGGUAAAAUCUAUGUAGCUGGUGGAAAGCAGAAUUCUUCAGUGCUAUUAAACACCUGUGAGAUGUAUGAUCCAGCAACCAAUGUGUGGCAGAUAAUGCCAAGUCUUGAUGUACCACGUCACUCUUCAAGCAUGGUGUACUUUCAGGGAUCAUUGUAUGUCAUUGGUGGAGUUAACAGUCAUUCAAGGGAGUUGUCAGUGGAAAUGUUUGACUCCAGUGCAAACAAAUGGAUGAAAAAAUCAACCAUACCCAUAAAAAAUGAAAAUGGAGAGGAAAAAAAGAAAAACUGGCAUUACAAAGCUUGUUCUGCAACAGUGCAUAAAGAUUUACUAAAGAAUCAGAAGAUGUCAUAA